GGUGACACACCGGGGGUGGCCCAUGGGGGACGGCGUCUUCGCCCUGGCGGGGCCCUGGCCACCGCUACCCCCCCCCAGGGCACCCAUGGGUGCUGCCACCCCCCCCGUCCCGGCGUGGCGGCGACGAGUCCGGGGGGGGGCUUGGGGACGCUGGGUGUUGGGGACACUGGUGGCCCUGGCACUGGUGGCGGUGGCGGUGCAGGGCUGGGUGCUGGCGGGGGUCCGGGGGGAGCUGCAGAGGGUGACAGCGCGGCUGCAGGCGAGUGGGGACCGGCCGCUGUCGGAGAAGGUGCAGCAAGAUCGCCCCCCAACUAAGAAGCCAGCAGCUCAUCUGAUAGCCGGCGCCGACGUCUCGUCCCAACCCAACGGGUCCCUUCGGUGGGAACCCGGCAAAUCGUGGGCCUUCAUCCGAGGUCUGGGCUACCGCGGCGGCUCCCUCGUUUGCCGUCAGCCCGGUCUCUACUUCGUCUACGCCAAGGUGCAACUGGGUGCUCCCGGGUGCCCGACGCGUGCCGCCACCCUCCACGGCAUCCACAAACGAACGCCCCGUUAUCCCGGUGUCCUCGAUCUCCUGGUGAAUAAGGUGGUUUAUUGUCCCCAAGCCCACGGGGUCCCCUGGGCCCGGCACAGCUUUUUGGGGGGACUCGUGCGCCUCGAAAUGGGGGACGAGGUCUUCACCCGGGUGCAGGCACCCGAGUUGGUGCGGGCAGUGGAUGGCACCCGUUCCUAUUUUGGGAUGUUUAUGGUGUAAAUUUGGGGGGGGUG